AUGAGAAGGGAACGAGACUGGCGGCGUGCGGGCGCUGCCGUGUGCACCGCGGCCCUUGUCGUUCUGACAACCCAUUCGGCGGUCCAGGCUCGCGAAAGCGACCAACAGGCCGCGUUGGCGGCGUCCUCUCCCACCCCUCUGUGCGUAGACAAGGAUGACACGCCGCCGGCGACCCGUAUUGUUGCCUGUACCGUGGCGAUCGACGCGAAGGCCCUGAAGGGCCGGGAGCUUGCCGCUGCCCAUCUGAACCGUGGCCAGGCCUAUCGCGCGGUCGGCGAUCAGGCGCGGGCGGCCGCCGACUACAGUGCGGCCAUCAAGCUGUUCGAUGACGCCACGAACACCGCCUCGCUCAACGCCAGCCAGUUCCUGCAGCGCGGGAUAGCGCAUCAUGCGCUUGACGACGUCGAGCGGGCGCUGUCGGACUAUGACGAGGCGAUCCGACUGGACACCGGCAACGCGCUGGCUCACGUCGAUCGCGGCAUUCUGAUCGCGACCCGCAAGGCUGACAUGCGCCGCGCCAUCGCGGACUUCGAUCGGGCCCUGGCGCUUGUGCCCGACAAUGUCGACACGCUGAUCCUGCGCGGCAACGCCUACACGUCGGUGGGCGAGCACGGCCGCGCGCUGGCAGAUCUCGACCGUGCCGCCGAACUCGCCCCCGACAAUCCUCGUGCCUUCAUGGUGCGGGGCCUCGUCAACGCGCGGCUGGGUGACAUGCAACGCGCGUUCACCGACUACAACAUGGCCCUCUCCAUCGAUCCGAACGCCAAAGCGUCGUCAAUGGCCCGUCCACGCCAUGGACGGGAUCCAUUUCCGGCAGCGGCACCUGCAUUACGGCAUAUCGCGCCGUCUCGGCAUCCAACUCGCCUGGCCGCCUCUGAUCGAAGCGGCCGUUGUGAGGGUACGCUCCCACGACCAGCAGGUCGAGACUUGCGUGCAGCCGCUGAUGUCCGACUCCCGCAGGAAGCACGACGACGUCACCCGCCGUGA